AUGAACCUAAGUUUCUUUGACCAAUUCUCAAGCCCCCACCUACUUGGCAUCCCCCUGAUCCUACUAUCCCUGCUCUUCCCAGCCCUAUUGUUCCCAUCCCCAGGCAACCGAUGAAUCAACAACCGACUAUCCACCAUCCAACUGUGACUCCUACACCUAAUCACAAAACAACUAAUAAUCCCAUUAAACAAAAACGGCCACAAAUGAGCCCUGAUGCUAACAUCACUAAUAACCAUACUCCUAACAAUCAACCUUCUAGGACUUCUCCCAUAUACAUUCACCCCAACCACCCAGCUAUCCAUAAACAUGGCCCUAGCCUUCCCCCUGUGGCUUGCUACCCUACUAACAGGCCUGCGAAACAAACCAUCAGCCUCCUUGGCUCACUUACUGCCAGAAGGAACCCCAACACCCCUGAUCCCCGCACUAAUCCUGAUCGAAACAACCAGCCUGCUGAUCCGGCCCUUAGCUCUAGGAGUCCGCCUCACAGCUAACCUCACAGCAGGCCACCUACUUAUUCAACUCAUCUCCACAGCCUCCAUCGCACUCAUGCCCAUCCUUCCCACAGUAUCAAUCCUAACAAUAGCCAUCCUACUACUCCUCACCAUCCUAGAAGUAGCAGUGGCCAUAAUCCAGGCCUACGUUUUCGUCCUCCUCCUAAGCCUGUACUUACAAGAAAACAUCUAA